CUCAUAAGGUCUUUCUUUAGAUCGUUGUUCCUCACAACUCUUCCUUCCCUUUACCCUCCCUCUCUCUAUAUAUAUUCAUCCUUCCUUUCGCUCUACAAAGAUCUUUCAUAUAAAAGAAUCCUUCUUUCAAAUUCUUUACCCGCUACAACAACAACAAACAAAAUCCUCGAAUUUCAGCAAACCCUAGUUUUAGAUUUUUUCACUUUGUAGAGUUUUGUGUACGGAAGGGACUAGGUCAAAAGAGGAAUGGCAGAUCAGGGAUUAGAGGGGAGCCAGCCAGUGGAUCUUACCAAGCACCCUUCUGGAAUAGUCCCUACGCUCCAGAAUAUUGUCUCAACGGUUAAUUUGGACUGCAAGUUGGACCUAAAAGCUAUUGCACUUCAAGCUCGAAAUGCAGAGUACAAUCCGAAGCGUUUUGCUGCAGUGAUCAUGAGAAUUAGAGAACCAAAAACUACAGCAUUGAUUUUCGCUUCUGGGAAAAUGGUUUGUACUGGAGCCAAAAGUGAACAACAGUCAAAGUUGGCAGCCCGGAAAUAUGCUAGAAUCAUUCAAAAGCUUGGUUUUCCAGCCAAGUUUAAGGAUUUUAAGAUCCAGAAUAUAGUUGGUUCUUGUGAUGUUAAAUUUCCUAUUCGACUUGAAGGCCUUGCUUAUGCCCACGGUGCUUUCUCAAGUUACGAGCCAGAACUAUUUCCUGGAUUAAUAUAUCGCAUGAAACAACCAAAAAUAGUGCUUCUUAUUUUUGUUUCUGGGAAAAUUGUCAUCACAGGAGCCAAGGUUAGAGAUGAGACAUACACUGCCUUUGAGAACAUAUACCCAGUUCUUACUGAGUUCAGGAAGAAUCAACAAUGAAUUGAUUUGAUGGACUGUGGAGCAUCUGCUAGACUAACUGCAGGGGGUGGUUCAAAAUUUGGAAACUUGUUUGUUUUUUUCUUAAUUGUAGAUAUUCUAUAAAAUCAGGCAUCGGCUUUUGUGGAAAGUUUGUUUAAGUUACAAUUGAUAGAUUAACAAGAUGGAGGGAUACUUCACCUGUAGCAUAUCAUAAAAUUUCAAAAUUUAGGUCCAAAAAAGAAAAAAAAGCCAAACUGGUCCAUUGGUUCCAAAUUUAUUGUACUUUUUGAGUCUAUAAUGCUUGAUAGCGGCCUUUUGGUUUACUUCUCCUCAGUUUAACCUGUGCCUUAUAUGCUGAAGGUAUUACCAUGCCAGGUUUGUUUACAAAA